GACCUGCAGAACAGACGGUCUGUCUCGAAGAUGAGACUUGGUGCUGCUCUGGGCCUGCUGGCCGUCCUGCUUGUUCAUGUUAGUGCAGAGCAGCUUCCCACCAGAGAGAGACACUACUACAUCGCCGCUGUGCCCGUAGACUGGAACUACUCACACAGCUCUGGACCCUCUUACAGAAAAGUGGUCUUCCGGGAGUAUGAAGAAAGAUUCAGUCGUGCUAAGACUCAUCCCUCGUCUUUAGGUCUGCUUGGACCCACACUGAGAGGUGAAGAGGGAGAAACCAUUGUGGUCACUUUCAGGAACAUGGCAGACAGACCGUACAGCAUCCACCCACAUGGGAUCGCUUAUGGGAAACACUCAGAGGGAGCGCUGUACUUUGACAACACGUCACAGAAGGAGAAAGAGGACGACGCUGUCCAGCCGAACACUCAACACAUUUAUUACUGGGAGGUGACGUCAGACGUGUCGCCACAGAAACACGAUCCCGCCUGCCUCACCUACACAUACUUCUCACACCAAAAUGUGGUCCGAGACUACAACUCGGGCCUCAUCGGGACUUUGCUGAUUUGCAAGUCUGGGACUCUGGACACGUCUGGCAAACAGCUUCAUGUCCACCAGGAAGUGGUGCUACUUUUUGGGGUGUUUGAUGAGAAACAGAGCUGGUACACGCCUAAAGGUCACGCUACAGACAACCACGUCAAACACACCAUCAACGGGCACACGGCAGGAUCACUGCCUGAUGUUGGAAUGUGUGCCCACACCACUGUGGGUCUGCACUUGAUGGGUAUGAGCUCUGAACCUGAAGUUUUCUCUGUGCAUGUGAACGGUCAGGUGCUGGAGCACGCUGGCCAUAAAUUGUCAUCAGUUGGUCUGAUCAGUGGCUCCUCCACCACAGCGAGCAUGGUAUCAAUCCACCCUGGCCGCUGGCUGCUUUCCUCACACACCAACAAACAUCUGAAAGCGGGCAUGCACGCCUUCGUGAACGUGGCAAAGUGUGACGGCUUCGAUGCACCUAAGCGGAUGAUGACCGUCGCGCAGAAACGUCAGAGCCAGCAGUGGGAAUACUUCAUUGCUGCGGAGGAGAUACUGUGGGACUACGCACCCAACAUGCCAGCGCACAUCGACGAGGACUACAAGUUCCAGUACCUGAAGCAGUCAGCGACCCGAAUAGGUGCCAAGUACAAGAAGGCUGUGUACACUCAGUACAAAAACGAGUCAUUCACUGAAAGGUCAGAGAACAAGCAAAGGAAAAAUGAGCUUGGGAUCCUGGGACCUGUGAUCAGGGCACAGGUCAGAGAUGUUAUCAAGAUCGUCUUUAAGAACAUGGCCUCCAGGCCGUACAGCAUCUACCCACACGGACUGACAAUAGAGAAGUCAGAGGAAGGAGUGAACUACCCGUCAGGAGGCAACCAGACUCACGGUGUUCAGCCAGGUGACACACACACCUAUGUGUGGAGAGUGACUGAAGAAAACGGGCCCUUGGACGAAGACCCCCGAUGCUUGACACGAAUGUACCACAGUGCAGUGAACAUACCACGUGACAUCGCCUCAGGACUGAUCGGCCCAAUGCUCAUCUGCAAAAGUAACUCCCUCAAUCGGAGGAAUGUGCAGCUGAAAGCAGACAAGGAGCAGCAGGCCAUGUUUUCUGUGUUCAAUGAGAACGAGAGCUGGUACCUCGAUGACAACAUCCGAUGGUACUGUGAUCGUUCCAAAGUCCACAAGGCGAACCCAGACUUUUACCAGUCCAACAUCAUGCACACCAUUAAUGGUUACGUGUUUGAAAGCGGCGAGCUGCUGGGCUUCUGUAACGGUGAGAUUGCCACAUGGCACGUGUCCAACGUCGGAGCUCAGGACAACAUCCAGACAGCGACGUUCUACGGCCACACAUUUCAGAUGAACGAGCACACAGAGGACAUUCUGAGCCUCUAUCCCAUGACGGGAGAGACCAUCACUAUGAACAUGGACAACAUCGGUGUGUGGCUCCUGACCUCCCUGAGCUCCCACGAGACCACCAAAGGAAUGCGCAUCAAGUUUCAGGAUGUGGAGUGUUUUCGCGACUACCAGUAUGAGUUUGAGUAUGAGGAUAAAGACAAUGGCACAGCACCAAACCAAUUUUCUGUGCUGAAUCCACUAAGCUUGGAUGAUCUCCAGAAGAAAGAGAAGGAGCCAGAAGUUCCUGUACAGACCAAAGUGGACAUAGAUAUGUACACAGAGAUGUAUAUUGAUCAAUUAGGUCUCAGGUCACUGAAGAACAACUCUCAAAACCUGGAUAUGGAGAAGCUGGAUCUGAGUUUCCUUGACUAUGAUGCUGUUGAUGUUCCUCCAGAAGAUGUAAAUGUCAGCUCCACCGCUAACAAAACAAAGUUAAGUAGUGAGAUUUCUAACUCUGUGUCAGGGCCAAUUCCAUCAAACUACACAUUAAAGUGGCACGUAGUGGAUGGACAAAACUUCACAGGAAGAAAUAUCCAGAAACAAAGUAUGAGUGAAAACACAACACAGAAAGAGAACAAGAUGGUACCAUCUCAUUUUUAUGAUUCUUCUGUUUCUAAAACUCAGAACCCAACAGUUAACUAUACUACUGUAGUGCUCAACAGUAACAACAUAACCUCCAACAUGAGUGGUCUUGAGGUUGAAUCUCUUGGUAACACCACAGUGUCUAAAACUCAGAAUACAACAGUUAACUAUACUAUUGUAGUACUCAACAAUAACAACAUAACCUCCAACAUAAGUGGUCUUGAGGUUGAAUCUCUUGGUAACACCACAGUGUCUAAAACUCAGAAUACAACAGUUAACUAUACUAUUGUAGUACUCAACAAUAACAACAUAACCGCCAACAUAAGUGGUCUUGAGGUUGAAUCUCUUGGUAACACCACAGUGUCUAAAACUCAGAAUACAACAGUUAACUAUACUAUUGUAGUACUCAACAAUAACAACAUAACCUCCAACAUAAGUGGUCUUGAGGUUGAAUCUCUUGGUAACACCACAGUGUCUAAAACUCAGAAUACAACAGUUAACUAUACUAUUGUAGUACUCAACAAUAACAACAUAACCUCCAACAUAAGUGGUCUUGAGGUUGAAUCUCUUGGUAACACCACAGUGUCUAAAACUCAGAAUACAACAGUUAACUAUACUAUUGUAGUACUCAACAAUAACAACAUAACCUCCAACAUAAGUGGUCUUGAGGUUGAAUCUCUUGGUAACACCACAGUGUCUAAAACUCAGAACACAACAGUUAACUAUACUAUUGUAGUACUCAACAAUAACAACAUAACCUCCAACAUGAGUGGUCUUGAGGUUGAGUCAUAUCUUGGUAACAGCACAGUGUCUAAAACUCAGAAUACAACAGUUAACUAUACUCUUGUUGUACUCAACAAUAAUAACAUAACUUCCAAUGUAACAGAGAUUGCUGAUCUUUCCAAAACACUGCCAAGAUGUUCAACUUCCAGUUUGGAUGGUGACAAAAUGAAUGUGACACUUGCCAGCGAUGACCAGACAUCAGCGAGCUGUAUCCAGAAGGAGGACUCAAAGGAAAGGACCACGAAAGGGGAUGUGUUUUCCUAUUCUGUUCCAAGAGACGAUGUUAUAGAGUUUAACGUCACCAAAGCUAACAAGUCUUUGAGUGCUACAGGAGAUGCUGAGUUUAAACAUGGGAAUUUCUCUGAAGCCAGUGACAGUAUUGAAAUAGGGAACGUAAAAAACGUAACUGUUUUCAAAACUGAAACUAUACAAAAUGUAACACUGACCAAGUCAAAUUCAAAUGUGGAGAUUAUGGAACAUGGGACAGGUCUACUCAGUUCUUUAAACCACACGUCUUCUGUUGAAAGAUUCUCCAAUAAAACUGUGGUUCCAGGUAACUGGACCUUCUCAGGUAGUUUAGUUGCAGAGAUCAGCUCUGAAGAGCUGAAUGCCUCAGACAGCAAUGAAGAAGUACUGAUCUACCUUAAAGAAAACCAUACACAGGCAAUUAAAAGCUCCUCCUUUAAGACACAGAUGCAUAACUGGACUUAUGAUGGAAUGCACCAAAUGGAAACUGUGGCCAUUCCUGACCACAUAAUGAAAUACUAUGGCAGAGACAUCCAUCAAACAAUCCUAACCCCAAAGAAGACACCAAAGAUCAGGAAGGUUAACCUCCGGCAGUGGCCCAAGAAAGGCCAUGGUAUGAAAACCAAGAAGAAGAAAGAAUACAAACCCCAGAGUAGGAGUGGCUUACCUUUCUCUCCUCGUGGAUUCAACCCAAAUAUGUUACCACGAGGGGCACGUCCUAAUUUCAAUGCUCCAAAGCCUGUCACAGAUGAGGAGAACCUCAUUAACAAGCCAGUGGUCAUUGGAGUGCCUCGGCCUGAUUUCAGUGACUAUGAGCUGUAUGUUCCUGGGGAUGAACCAGAUCAUUUAGGGCAGAAUGGCAUGCAGCCAGAUGUCAAACAAGAUGAAUAUGAGUAUGUGACCUACAAAGACCCCUACAGCAGCCACGAAGACAUCAAGGAUCUCACCCUAGAUGACACCACCAAAUACUACUUAAAGUUCUCCAGUCCAAAUGUCAAGACGUACUUUAUUGCUGCAGAAGAGGUUGAGUGGGACUACGCAGGCUACGGACAGAGGAGGCAAGACAGCACAAUGCAAGACAACAGGGCAACAAAGUUCACCAAGGUGGUUUUCCGAGGUUACAUAGACAGCACCUUCAGCAUACCUGACAUCCGCGGGGAGAUAGGGGAGCAUCUAGGCAUUCUAGGGCCUGUUAUUAAAGUGGAGGUGGGACAAAGCAUCAUGCUGGUGUUCAGGAACAAUGCCAACCGUCCAUAUUCAUUGCACCCAAAUGGGGUUUACUAUACCAAGCAGACAGAAGGACUGUCUUAUGAGGACGGGUCCAAGUAUUGGUAUAAAUAUGACAAUGAGGUCCAACCAAACACAACCUUUACAUAUUUGUGGAAGGUCAACUCUUUGGUGGGACCAAAGCCAGGCGAGUCUGACUGUCGGACCUGGGUGUACUACUCUGGCGUUAAUCCUGAACGAGACAUCCACUCAGGUUUGAUUGGGCCUAUACUGGUGUGUCGAGGGGGCACACUGGAAAAGAAAGUGACAAAUAUGAGGACGUUCACGCUGCUUUUCAUGAUUUUUGAUGAAUCCCAGAGUUGGUACUACAUGAAGAACCGUGAGAUGAUGGAGAGGAAAAGCAGAAGGAUCAUUAAUGACCCCAGCUUGAAGGAGAAACUCAAGUUUCACUCCAUCAAUGGCAUCAUUUACAGCCUGAAAGGCCUGAGGAUGUACACCAAUCAGCUGGUGUACUGGCAUUUGAUCAACAUGGGCAGUCCCAAUGAUUUCCAGAGCGUCCACUUCCACGGACAGACAUUCCUCCUCAAGAAGACCAACAGCUACAGACAGGCCGUCUACCCACUGCUGCCCGGGAGCUUUGCUACUCUGGAAAUGAUUCCGCCAAAGCCGGGCCUGUGGCAGCUGGAGACAGAAGUUGGUUUCAAUCAACAGAAGGGAAUGCAAACCCUAUUCCUGGUUUUGGAUAAUGAGUGCUACCGUCCACUGGGUCUACAGUCAGGCAGCGUGAAGGACAACCAGAUCACAGCAAUCAACACCAGAGGAUACUGGAAGCCCCAUUUUGCCAGACUGAACAAUCAGGGAAGAUACAACGCCUGGAGCACAGAGCAAAACAACAGCUGGAUCCAGGUGGACUUCCUGCGGCCGGUAGUGAUCAGCCAGGUGGCCACUCAGGGAGCCAAGGAGCUGUUCCAUUCCCAAUUCGUGACUGAAUACUUCAUCUCCUACAGCACUGACCGCAGGAAGUGGAUCUUUUAUAAGGGUGACAGCAAGGACUUCAGGAAGAUAUUCACUGGGAACCAGGAAUCCUAUGAGACAAAGACAAACACCUUCUUCCCUCCUCUGAUUGGUCGGUUCAUUAGGCUCCACCCACACCAUUGGUACAAGAAGCAAACAGUUCGUAUGGAGUUCUACGGCUGUGAGCUUGAUGGUUGCUCGGUGCCUCUUGGUAUGGAGAAUGGACUAAUAGAGGACCAUCAUAUUACCGCCAGUUCUACAGCCUACAACUGGUAUUCUGGAUCCUGGAAACCCUCGUAUGCACGUUUAAACAAACAGGGCACCGCUAACGCAUGGAAGGCUGAGCACAGUGACCUGCACCAGUGGCUCCAGGUGGAGUUGCCGCAGGUGAAGAAGAUCACGGGCAUCGUGACACAGGGGGCGCGUUCUCUGGGCACAGAGAUGUACGUCACGUCCUACAGGCUCCAGCACAGCAGCGACGGCACAAAGUGGACCCACUACAUGGACGACGAGGACUACACAUCUAAAACCUUCAUGGGAAACACUGACAACAACAGCCACGUGAAGAACUACAUCUACCCACCCAUCUUCUCCCGCUUCAUCCGGAUUGUCCCCAUCAUGUGGCACAACGCCAUCACCAUGAGGAUUGAGCUGCUGGGCUGUGACUUUGAGUGAUGUGCACAAACCUGGCUG